AUGCAAAGGUUUUUGGUUUACUCUUGCGUGCUUUUAUUUUUAAUAUUACAGAAUCGCGUAGAAUACAGCAAAACUUGGCAGGGGAUAUAUUUCAACAUCGUGGGACAUUUUUUCUCUAUCUAUUGUAUAUGGAAAAUUAUCAUAUGCACGGUAAAUUUUUGUGAAAUAACAUGCGGUCGGCCUGACGUGAAUCCGGGUCCCGGAUCAACGUUGACUGGAAUUUGGGUUUUGUGCCUUUUUCCUAUUAUUAAUAUUGUUUUUGAUCGUGUUGGCAAGGUGGAUCCAAUUACAAAAGGAAUGGCUAUUGUCGUGCACCACAUGGGCUAUCAAAUAGAUGUCAGGUUCUGGUCUCAACAAAUUUCUUUUCUCGUCAUUGGUAUAAUUGCUGUUACAUCGAUUCGUGGAUUAUUGAUAACCAUUGCGAAGUUCUUCAAUGCUAUUUCAAAUAGACAAUCCUCUAAUCUUGUAGUGCUUGGAUUGGCUCAGUUGAUGGGAAUGUAUUUUGUAUCAAGCGUACUAUUAAUCCGCAUGAAUAUGCCCUCUAAAUACAGGGUAAUAAUAACUCAAGUGCUAGGCGAACUUCAAUUCAAUUUUUAUCAUCGUUGGUUCGAUGUUAUCUUUUUGUUAUCUGCCUUAUGCAGCAUACUAUUCCUCUAUUUAGCACAUAAAAGAACACCAAUUAGAUGA